GUAGAAGAUGCUAACGUGGACCCAGAGUACACUCUCCUCACCUACCUCCGCAACAAACUUCGGCUGUGCGGCACGAAGCUUGGGUGUGCUGAGGGCGGCUGCGGUGCCUGCACAGUUAUGCUCUCUCAAUAUGACCGUGUCAAGGACAAAGUAAAGCACUUCUCAGUCAAUGCGUGCCUGGCCCCUGUGGCUUCUGUCCAUGGUCUGGCUGUCACCACUGUAGAAGGUAUCGGCUCCACUACCACUGGUCUACACGCUGUGCAGGAUCGCAUUGCUCGAGCCCACGGUUCCCAGUGUGGUUUCUGCACCCCAGGCAUUGUGAUGUCAAUGUACACACUCCUUAGAAACAACCCCAAACCCUCCAUGGCAGACCUGGAUGAGUACUUCACGGGAAAUCUGUGUAGAUGUACGGGCUACCGACCCAUCCUGGAAGGGUUCCGUGGCCUGACCAGAGACGCUGCUGCUGGCUGUGGUAAAACUGAUUGUUGUAAGCUCCGUGGCUCCCAAUCCUGCAAUGAGGUAGUAGACGAAAAAGUCAAUGAUGUCACCAACAGUGUCAAUGGAGAAACAACAGAGGCUUGCAACUUGCUGUACGACGAAAUGCAGUUCCAACCGUACGACCCCAGCCAAGAGAUCAUCUUUCCUCCGGAGUUGAAGAUACGGGAUGAUCUGGACAAACAAUACCUGGAGGUGCGAGGUCCCCGGGUGAUCUUCUAUAGACCAGUCUCCCUCAGCCAGCUCCUGGAGCUUAAGAAUCUCUACCCUGACGCUAAGAUCAUUGUCGGAAACACAGAAGUUGGUGUUGAGGUGAAGUUCAAGAAUCAGGUGUAUCCUGUGCUGAUCAACCCCACCAAGGUGGAGGAGCUCACUUCAGUGCAGGUCAAGGAGACUGGCAUUGUUUUUGGUGCCUCUGUGACUCUCACCACCUUGGAGGAUACACUCCACACCGAAGUCAACAUCAAGCCAGAAUACCAGACACGGGUGUUCUCGGCCAUACUGGAGAUGCUGAGAUGGUUUGCCGGAAAGCAGAUCAGGAACACCGCUGCUAUCGGUGGCAACAUCAUGACCGGGUCACCUAUUAGUGACCUCAACCCAUUACUCAUGGCUGCUGGCUCCAUCCUCACACUCCACAGCCAAGUCAGAGGCGCACGGCAAGUGGUGAUGGACCAGCACUUCUUCACUGGCUACAGACGCAACACUGUCCAGCCUGAUGAGGUUCUGCUCUCUGUGCACAUCCCCUACACUAGGCAGGAUGAGUACUUCCUGGGGUACAAGCAGGCACGUCGACGGGAUGACGACAUAGCUAUCGUGAAUGCGGGUUUCCGAGUCAGGCUACAACCUGGCUCAAGUGAGGUGGCCCGACUGGAUCUGGCCUUUGGUGGCAUGGCUCCCACUACUGUGAUGGCCCUCACCACUAUGAAGGAAUUGGUAGGUCGUCGCUGGGACUCAUCACUGCUGGAAGCUGCCACAUCUCUCCUACUACAAGACCUGCUAUUGGACCCUUCUGCCCCUGGGGGCAUGGUGGAAUACAGACGUGCCCUCACACUCAGUUUUUUCUUCAAGUUCUACUUGAGUGUGAGGGGUCGCCUUAGUGAGAGUCUGCCACAGGAAGUGACGCCACUGACACAGGAGGAGAAGAGGGCCAUCCACCUUCACCAGCAUACUGUACCUCACAGUACACAGCUCUUCCAAAAGGUGCCUGAAGGACAAAUUUCCAUUGACUCCAUCGGCCGGCCCAUGACACACACGUCAGCACUGAAGCAGGCUACAGGAGAGGCAGUGUAUGUGGGUGAUAUGCCCUCCUUCACCAACCAGCUACACGCUGCCCUUGUCCUCUCCUCUCGUGCUCACGCAAACAUCCUCAGCAUCGACGAGUCUGAGGCCCUGAAAGUGGAAGGAGUAGAGAGAUUCUUCUGCGCGCGGGACCUCCCAGGAGAGAGAAAUGUAACCGGCUGCAUUGCCUCAGAUGAAGAAGUGUUUGCAUCUAAGACAGUGAAGUGUGUGGGCCAGGUGGUGGGGCUGGUGGUGGCUAGGGAUCAGGUCACUGCACAGAGGGCAGCCAAGUUGGUGAAAAUACAGUACCAAAAUAUUGAGCCAGUCAUAAUAACUAUUCAGGAUGCAAUUCGUGAGAAAUCAUGGUUGGAUCACUGGACAAUACGUAAUGGUGAUGUAGAGACAGCUUUCAAGAGCUCUGACCAUGUGCUGGAGGGCGAGAUGCAUAUGGGUGGGCAGGAACACUUCUACUUGGAAACAAAUUCCCACCUUGCAGUGCCUAAAUGUGAAGAUGGAGAAAUGGAGUUAUUUUCAUCUUCUCAGUGUCCCACCAAUACUCAGAUAAUGGUUGCUAAAGCCCUUGAUGUGCCGAACAGUAGGGUGGUUUGCCGAGUCAAGAGGAUGGGUGGAGGGUUCGGUGGCAAGGAGACGCGAACUACCCUCGUGUCUGUUCCCGUCUGUGUUGCCGCGGCUGCGUUGGGACGGCCAGUGAGCAUCAUGCUAGACAGGGACGAGGACAUGGUGGCAACAGGGGGACGAAACCCGUUUCUGUGUCGCUGGAAGGUUGGAUUCUCUAGUGAUGGCAAAUUGCUCGCCCUCAAGGUCGAUCUUUAUGCCAACGGUGGCUUCUCCCUUGAUCUCAGUGGUGCAGUCAUUCACAAGGCCAUGUUCUCCAUAGAUAAUGCUUACAGGUGGGGGUCGAUGGAGGUGACGGGGUACGCCUGCAGGACAAACCUACCCUCCAACACUGCCUUCAGAGGGUUUGGAGGACCCCAGGCUAUGUUGUUUGCUGAGGACAUUGUGUCUAGAGUGGCAGCCUUCCUCAAGGUUGACCCUACUCAAGUAAGGGAGAGGAACCUGAAUGAGAAUGGAGACAGCACACACUGCAGACAAGUACUGGAGCGAUGCACCCUAAAGCGCUGCUGGCAGGAGGUAAAACACCAGUCCAGCUUUCAUACUAGGACUGCUCGAGUCCACCAGUUUAACAGGGAGAAUAAGUACAAGAAGCGAGGGAUUGCAUUAGUGCCAGUCAAGUUUGGCAUCUCUUUCACUGAAAUUUUCAUGAACCAAGCUGGAGCUCUGGUUAUGGUUUACACUGAUGGUUCUAUCCUCCUAUCUCACGGUGGCACUGAGAUGGGCCAGGGUCUCCACACCAAGAUGAUACAGGUAGCAUCUCGAGCACUGAAGGUCCCCACAGAAAAGAUACACAUAGCGGAGACUUCUUCAGACAAGGUGCCUAAUACUUCGCCCACAGCUGCUUCAGUCUCCUCUGAUCUCAAUGGUAUGGCUGUUCUUGAAGCAUGCGAGAAGAUAAUGAAACGACUACAACCAUACAUAGCUCAGAGUCCUCAAGGAACUUGGGAGGAGUGGGUGAAGGCAGCUUACUUUGACCGUGUUUCACUUUCUGCCACAGGAUUCUACAAGUAAGUCGCUUGCUGCCAC